AUCGGUACGUAUGCGUUGGCACAGUAACAGCCACCUAUUCAGUAUCCUUACUCUACUCGUCAGUGUAUGAAUAGCUGCGAGUAGUCGUACUCGUCGACGUACAGCCUCCGUAACGUUCUUUCACUCUGGUUAUCUUCAACCUCUGCUUUUGUCAUAAAAAUGGCAGAAGUAGAGGCAGCUCUUGUCUUACUUGAUGAUCUACCAUCCAAAGAAAGGAGAGCGUGUUUAGAGCUCCUGAUUCGUAUCUUUGGUAAUGUUGUGAAAUCACCUGAUGAACCUAAGUACAGAUUGUUGAAGAUAACUAACAAGACCUUCAAAGAAAGUGUGUGGGAGCAUGAAUGUGGCCGAGCUGUUAUGCAAGCUGCAGGAUGGGAAGUAGUUGGAGAAACUGUUCAGCUGCCACCAUAUAUCGAUUUACAGAUGCCUCUUGAAGUAUUGCUGGCUAAUAGGAAUGUAAAACCUGAUGAGAGAGAUUGGGUUGAAGAGACUAAAGUUGUAGUGAAAAAUCCAGCUCAGGUCCGUGAUGAAGAACUUAGAAAGAAGGCUUUGAUGCAGAAGGAAAAGGAAUUGGCUGCACUAAUGAAAGAGAAGGCUGAACGCAAAGCCAUUGCAGAGAGAAUUAGAGCAGAGCAUCGAAGUGACCAAGAAAACAAGAGGAUAACAAAGGCAUCAGUUGCUGUACCAAGGGGGAAAGGUGAGAUAGCGAAAAUGAGUGAUAGACUGCCUAAAGGCGGAUGAGGUUAAUGAAUGCUAUAUUAAUCAUUAAUGAGCUUCAGUCGCUAAACACUAUUUUCAUCUGGAAUAUGGUGUUUUAGACUGAAGUAAGUCAUUGAUAUAUAGCAGUCACAACUUUAAUAUUACUGAACAGUAACGAAUGUACAAUAGUGUUUGGCAGAAGUCUAUGCAUAUACCGUAAUGUAUGUUUUUAUUUCUUUUACUUUUUGUAUAAUUAAAAAAGAUAGAAAUUUUGUAGGUUCAUGAAAUUAUUCUUUCUUGAAAUGAAAUUAAUGGUCAUGUCUAUUUGGUUUUUAUUUCAUAGGAACUUUUCAUUCUUGCUUUAGAGUUUUGGCUGGCCUGAAGUUUCAGAUAGAAUGCUUUUUAUUACAGUAAAAGAAUUAAGACUUACAUUUUUAAAAAUUUAUCAGUUCAAGUGAGUGUAACAAUUUCUGCUUUGGAUUUGAGCUGGAUUCAUAACAUAUAUAUGAAGCUUUUGCUAUCAAGGCCAAUGAGGUCAGGGUGAAAGUGGAAGUUUAGAGUAUGAAUUAUGUUCAAAUAUAUUAGUUUAUAUUGAUUUGUAAUGAAUUAUAAUUGCACUUGUGACAAUUUUUGCAGUGAAUAUUGUUGUUGAUAUAGUUUGUUAGCACAUAAAAAUGUUUAUAUUAAUUUCAA